AUGAUGGAUGAACGACGUGUGAAGAAACUAACGGAACAAUUGUCCUACAAUAGACAAAUGUAUCGAGAAGAAGUAGAAUGUUUUUACUGUAAUGUCUGUCGGCGAGGUAUCACGGAUGAGUUUUAUCUUCGUGCUGGCCCGAAAAUCUACCAUGAAGCAUGUUUACAAUGUUCAGUGUGUCAACAACAUCUCGAUGAGCAAUCUACAUGUUUUUUCAAAGGAACGCGUAUUGUCUGUCGACAGGAUUAUUACAGAUAUUUUGUUCAUAAAUGUCCUAAAUGCGAUCGUUUGAUAUCUCCGAAUGAUUGGAUCCGUCGUGCAUGCGAUUAUGUUUAUCAUUUAACAUGUUUCGCCUGUUACACGUGCGAACGACAACUAUCAACAGGUGAAGAAUAUUCACUAGACAAUGGUCAUAUUCUAUGUAAAACACAUGUCAUCGAUGGAAAUGAUGACAAAAACGACGAUCAAAAACAGAACAGAACGAAGAGAAUCCGAACGGCAUUUAGCGAAGAACAAUUACAAGUAUUACAAGCAAGUUUUGAGAUUGAUCAAAAUCCAGAUGGACAGGAAUUGGAGCAUAUUUCACAAAUAAUAGGAUUGAGUAAACGGGUUAUUCAAGUUUGGUUUCAGAACACUCGAGCUCGACAGAAGAAGCAAAGAUCCUCAUCGCGAACACGAUCGACUAGUAGUAGUAGUAAUUGUUCAAUUUCAAACGACAGUGAAACGAACCGACAUCGACAUGCAUCAAGUCGCUCUUCUACGAAGAAAAGAUCGACUACAAUGAAGUUCGAUCAUCGAUUUCAGCUCUAG